GACAAGCAGCUUUCAUCGUCUUGUCAUCCAUUGAACGGUCAGGUCAGUCUUGACUCGGACAUAAACACCACUGACGCCGAACUCUUUUCUGUCUUGUCCCCCAAACCAAUGAGGGAACUUAAAAAGUCACAUUUUGAGUCUAUUCUUUGAAGGAUAAGCGGUGAAAGUAUCCCCCACAGCUUUUACCCACAAUUGUACACCAUUUGGAGGAUAGGCAUACUGCAACAGUCGCAAGGCCGUGCUGACCGGAGCUAAGCCAUGGAGGAUGGGAAGCCAGUGUGGGCCCCCCACCCCACAGACGGGUUCCAGCUGGGCACCAUCAUCGACAUUGGAGCCGACACGCUCACCAUAGAACCUUUGAGUCAUAAGGGCAAGACUUUUCUUGCGCCGAUGAGUCAAGUGUUCCCAGCAGAAGACGACGUCAACAAACAUGUUGAAGACAACUGCUCCCUUAUGUAUUUGAAUGAAGCCACUCUCCUCAACAACGUCAAAGUGCGAUACAAUAAGGAACACAUAUAUAAUUUCGUGGCCAAUAUAUUGAUUGCUGUAAAUCCUUACUACGACAUCCCCAAACUAUAUGGGCCUGAUGCCAUCAAGUCAUACCAGGGGAAAUCACUGGGGACUCUGCCCCCUCACGUCUAUGCAAUAGCUGACAAAGCCUACAGGGACAUGAAGGUUCUAAGAAUGAGUCAGUCCAUCAUAGUUUCUGGUGAAUCUGGUGCUGGCAAAACUGAAAACACCAAGUUUGUUCUCAGAUAUUUGACCACAACUUAUGGGAGUGGUCAGGAUAUUGAUGAGAGAAUUGUUGAAGCAAAUCCUCUUCUGGAGGCAUUUGGAAAUGCUAAAACAGUCCGAAAUAACAACAGCAGUCGCUUUGGGAAGUUUGUGGAAAUCCACUUCAAUGAGAAGAAUGCAGUUGUGGGAGGAUUUGUCUCCCAUUAUUUGUUGGAGAAGUCAAGGAUUUGUAUGCAAAGUAACGACGAGAGGAACUACCACAUCUUCUACAGGCUGUGUGCUGGAGCGUCUGAGGACAUCAAGAAGAAACUGCACCUUGACUCUCCUGACUGCUUUAGAUAUUUGAACCGAGGGUGCACCCGAUACUUUGCAAGCACAGACUCUGAUAAGCAAAUCAUGCAGAACCGCAAGAGUCCUGAGCAUGUGAAGGUGGGUGCCCUGAAGGACCCUCGUCUUGAUGACCAUGGCGACUUUAACAGGAUGUGCAUGGCCAUGAAGAAGAUUGGCCUGGAUGACGCGGAGAAACUGGACCUCUUCAGAGUGGUGGCUGGCGUUCUGCACCUGGGCAACAUCGACUUUGAGGAAACGGGGAGUAGCUCAGGUGGCUGUGUUCUGAAGAAUCAGUCCAGACAGACCCUGGAGUACUGUGCGGACCUGCUGGGUCUGGAUCAAGAUGACUUGAGAGUCAGUCUCACAACGAGGGUCAUGCUCACGACAGCAGGGGGCGCCAAAGGAACGGUUAUAAAAGUGCCUCUUAAGGUGGAACAAGCUAACAAUGCCCGCGAUGCCCUCGCCAAGGCCAUGUACAGCUGCCUUUUUGAUCAUGUUGUCAAACGGGUGAACCAGUGCUUCCCUUUCAAGAGUUCUUCAAGUUUCAUCGGGGUGCUGGACAUUGCUGGCUUUGAGUACUUUGAGCACAACAGCUUUGAGCAGUUCUGUAUCAAUUACUGCAACGAGAAACUGCAGCAGUUCUUCAAUGAGCGCAUUCUUAAAGAGGAGCAAGAGCUCUAUCAAAAGGAAGGACUGGGAGUGAAUGAAGUGCAUUAUGUUGACAAUCAGGACUGUAUAGACCUAGUUGAAGGAAAGCUGAUGGGCAUCCUGGACAUUUUGGACGAAGAGAACCGUCUUCCCCAGCCCAGUGACCAACACUUUGCACUGGCUGUUCACAGCAAGCAUAAAGACCACUUCAGACUGACGGUUCCCAGGAAGUCCAAACUGACUAUUCAUCGGAAUCUCCGGGAUGAUGAAGGCUUUAUUAUCAGGCACUUUGCCGGAGCAGUGUGCUAUGAAACGACUCGGUUUGUGGAGAAGAACAAUGAUGCCCUCCACAUGUCCUUGGAGUGCUUAGUGUGCGAAUCCAAGGACAGCUUUGUACGGGAGCUCUUUGAGAACUCCACGGGCAACAAGGACUCCAAACAGAAAGCGGGAAAACUUGGCUUCAUCAGUGUUGGGAACAAAUUCAAGACUCAGCUCAACCUCCUGCUGGAGAAGCUUCGCAGUACCGGCUCAAGUUUUAUCCGCUGUGUCAAACCCAACCUCAAAAUGGGUAGCCACCAGUUUGAAGGUGCCCUCAUUCUCUCUCAGCUGCAGUGCUCAGGAAUGGUGUCAGUGCUGGACCUGAUGCAGGGUGGGUUUCCCUCCCGAGCCCCCUUCCAUGAGCUUUACAACAUGUAUAAAGAGUACAUGCCUGAUAAGCUCACUCGACUGAACCCAAGACUCUUCUGCAAGGCGUUGUUUAAAGCGCUGGGGCUGAAUGACAAUGACUUCAAAUUUGGAUUGACCAGAGUUUUCUUUCGCCCUGGAAAGUUUGCCGAGUUUGACCAGAUCAUGAAGUCGGAUCCUGACCACCUGGCAGAACUACUGAAGAAAGUCAACAAGUGGUUGGUGUGCAGCCGCUGGAAGAAGGUCCAGUGGUGUAGCCUGUCUGUCAUCAAAUUGAGGAACAAGAUGAGCUACAGGGCUUUGGCGUGCAUUAAGAUUCAGAAGACUGUGCGCAUGUGGUUAUGUAAGAGGAAGCACAAGCCGCGCGUUGAUGGUAUGGUGAAGGUGACCAACCUGAAGAAGCACAUGGAGCGCUUCAACGAAGUGGUCAACGGGCUGAAAGAGGGCAAACAGGAGAUGGCCAAGCAGGUCCAAGAGCUGGCAGCAAGCAUAGAUGCUCUGUUAGCUAAAAUAAAGGGCUCAGCGAUGACCUGGAAGGAGAUUGACAGCGAGUACCAAGUGUUGAUGAAGCGCUCCGAGCAGCUGCUCUCCUCCAUGCAGGAGAAGAAACAGCAAGAAGAAGAAACUGAGAGGCUGAAGCACAUCGAGGAGGAGAUGGACAAAGAGAGGAAGAGGAGGGAAAAGGACGAGCAACGGCGCAAACAAGAGGAGGAGGACCGAAGGCUGAAAACAGAGAUGGAGACAAAACGGAAGCAGGAAGAGGAGGAUAGAAAAAAGAGAGAAGAAGAGGAAAAGGUUUUGCAGGCGGAGUUGGAAAUCCAGUUGGCUCUGGAGCGGGAGGAGCAGAUCCAACGGACAGCCAUUCUAGAGCAGGAGAGACGUGAUAGGGAGCUGGCCAUGAGGAUCGCUCAGAGUGAGGCCGAGCUGAUCACUGAAGAUGGCCAGGUGGACGCAAGUCUGCGCAGUGAUGAGGCUUUUUUGGAUCUCCCUAUCUCUGCAUCCUCAGCCAGAGCCAUGGGCCCUCAGGUGCAGGCAACCAAAGCCGCUGCUGGCGUGAAAAAGUAUGACCUCAGCAAGUGGAAGUAUGCUGAGCUGCGAGAUGUCAUCAACACUUCCUGUGACAUAGAUCUGUUGGCGGCCUGUCGAGAGGAGUUCCACCGCCGUCUGAAGGUCUACCACGCGUGGAAGUCCAAGAACAAGAAACGCAACGACGACGGAAGUGAUCAGAGGGCUCCAAAGUCUGUCACUGACUACGCUCAACAAAACCCUGCCCCGGCCAUGCUGGCUCAGCACCAAGAAGUAGCCAUGAACCGGCAGCAACGUUACUUCCGCAUCCCUUUCAUCCGCCCGGCGGACCAGUAUAAGGACCCCCAGAAUAAGAAGAAAGGCUGGUGGUAUGCACACUUUGAUGGACCCUGGAUAGCUCGACAGAUGGAGCUCCACCCGGACAAACGACCCAUUGUGCUGGUGGCAGGGAAAGAUGACAUGGAAAUGUGCGAGCUGAGUUUGGAAGAGACGGGUCUGACCCGGAAGAGAGGGGCCGAGAUCCUUCCCAGGCAGUUUGAGGAAAUCUGGGAGCGCUGCGACGGGAUUCAGUACCUGAAGAAAGCCAUCGAGAACAAGCAUGCCCGGCCUACGUACGCCACCGCCAUGCUGCAGAACCUCCUUAAGUGACCCCUCAGACGCCACUGCGGUCCGAUGCAAGAUGGGCAGCGUCCUGAACAGUAGCUGUAAGUCUUCUUUGCUGUGUUCUUUCUAGACAUUGUGUUACUUUAAAAGAGGCCUUAAAUUGGAACACACGUGCGCACCUCACACGUUCAGCCCGAGACCUUAACUGUGUUUUUAUCGCGCGUGUGUGAAGUUGUUGUUUCUUGGAGCUUCGUUCCAUUCUGAUCUGUGCAGGUUUGCAGUGUCUUUGUGUGCGUCUGAUCAAAUAUGAUCAUAUUCAUCUUGCAUUCUGUUUGUGUUUACACUGCAGCAUUGUAGAAAAUAAAAUACCACCCU